GAAGGUGGAGCAGCGGGGGGACGGGAGGGCGUCGUUUGGGCCUCCACCCCCACCAGGCGCGGGAUAGAUGCAACUGCAGAGGCGGCGGCUGCUGCAGGUCUUCAGUCCCCGGGACCUCUGAGGAGCGCAGCUGCGAUGCGCGCAUGUUGGGGGGCCUUUGGCUAGGGAAGCAAAAGCGGCCCCGGGCGGUGCAAGAUGCCCGCAAGGGGAUUAGCUUGCUUGCCCGUCGCCAGGCUGCGACUGUGAGUGCCCACCCCGAAGAGGAAGAGGAGGAAGAAGAAGAGAGGUUGCGGACUCGCUUCGUUCGGCCCAUUGGACUCGACUCCCGCCGCCGCUGCUUGCGCGGGCGUCCUCCUCUCGCCUCCAGGCAGUGCUUGCUUCUGUCCCGGUGGCCCGGGAGGAACUGAACUGUGGUUGCACAGGAAGUCGCGGCUGCUUGGGAGCACCCACACAACACACCCCGAUAGGGAGGCAGCUGGCUCUGCCGCACUCCAGACAAGAGUCCGCCUGCACCGUAGCCAGGCGCCACUACAAUAGCAGCCCCCUCCCCUGCCACCUUCCUGGAGGAGCAGCCGCAGUCACGGAGGCAGCGGCCGCCCAAAUUCCGCUAGCUGGCGCCGAGGCAAAGGGCUGCUGCUGCUGCUGCUGCUCCCGCUUAGGAGGUGGAGGGUGGCCACAGGAUCGGAGCUGGAGGAGAGGCUCCGGGUACGAAAAGUUCCGCCUCUACCAGGGGGAGAGGUGGCUGCAGGACUGUUAUUCUGAGUGAAGGACCGUGCACUCGCCAAUAAGCAGUUAUCAUGGGCUUAAUUGCAUUUCUGAAGACCCAGUUUAUUGUUCACCUCCUGAUUGGGUUUGUCUUCGUUGUGAGCGGGUUCAUCAUUAACUUCAUCCAGCUAUGCACGCUAAUCCUCUGGCCUAUAAACAAACAGUUUUAUCGACGAGUAAACUGUCGCCUUUCCUAUUCGUUGUGGAGCCAGUUAGUGAUGUUGCUAGAAUGGUGGUCGGGCACAGAGUGCACUUUGUUCUCUGACCAGGCUGCAGUGGAUAAGUUUGGAAAAGAACAUGUCAUCAUUAUCCUGAACCACAAUUAUGAAAUAGAUUUCCUGUGUGGUUGGACCAUGACAGAGCGCUUUGGUGUAUUGGGGAGCUCAAAAGUUCUUGCUAAGAAAGAGCUGCUGUGUGUUCCCCUAAUUGGCUGGACAUGGUACUUCCUGGAGAUUGUUUUCUGCAAAAGGAAAUGGGAAGAAGAUCGAGACACUGUAAUUGCAGGACUGAAACGGUUGUCUGAUUAUCCAGAAUAUAUGUGGUUUCUCUUGUAUUGUGAAGGAACUCGUUUUACAGAGACCAAGCAUCGUAUCAGUAUGGAGGUGGCAGAAUCUAAGGGGUUGCCUAAACUGAAAUAUCAUCUGUUACCCAGAACCAAGGGCUUCACUACUGCUGUCCAGUGUCUCAGGGGAACAGUUUCAGCAGUGUAUGAUGUAACAUUAAACUUCAGAGGAAAUAAGAACCCAUCUUUAUUAGGAAUCCUUUAUGGGAAGAAAUAUGAAGCUGAUAUGUGUGUCAGGAGGUUUCCUCUUGAAGACAUCCCUUUGGAUGAGAAGGAAGCAGCAAACUGGCUUCAUAAACUUUACCAGGAAAAGGAUGCUUUACAAGAGAAGUAUAAUCAAGAAGGUAUAUUUCCUGGUCAGCAGUUCAAACCUCCCAGAAGACCUUGGACUCUCCUAAACUUUCUUUUCUGGGCCACAAUUCUCUUGUCUCCUCUUUUCAAAUUUGGUUUUGGAAUUUUUGCAAGUGGAUCACCUCUCCUGAUUCUUGCAUUCCUGGGCUUUGUUGGAGCAGCUUCCUUUGGUGUCCGUAGACUGAUAGGAGUAACAGAAAUAGAAAAAGGCUCCAGCUAUGGCAACCAAGAAUUCAAGAAAAAGAAAUAAUUUUACAGAUGCACUUCUAAACACAUAACAAGACUAUGGUAUUGAAUUAACUUCAUUGAAAGAAACUUAGAAAACUUAUCUUCUUUUCUUAUUAACUUAUAACUAAUAAUACUUGAGCCAAGACUGAAGAAAAUGGAAGAUUCAAAAGAAGAGGAAGCAGUUGACUACUUAUCUGCAUAAGGAUAUCUGUAUUCAUGGUUUUGGGGAGAAAAUGGGCUAAAAAAAACAUUUUCUGCUUUGUCGGGGUGGGAGGAAGGAACUGAUGGGUGGAGCUAUAUAUGUCAUCAGGUAACUGGUUUGUCUUUCAAGAGUUCAACAUCUGCUUUGCAAGAAGAGCCACUGAAUUUCUUCUUGCUAUAACCAUUUUUUCCGAUACUUAGUAACUUUUUUAAUGCAUACACUGUAGCAAAAUACAAUUUCCAGUUAAUUUACAAUUGUUCCUUGGGAGGAAGCCAACUGAAAACUCGGUAGAAUUUUUAGAUACCUAUUAAUUUUCGAAAUGAAAUGGAUAAUGACAUUUUGUGGGCCAAGCCCUUUAUGGAUAAGCACAUUCUUUAGACCAGACUUGACUAGUAUGAAUAUAGUUUCAAUUUUUUUCCAUCCCCUUCGUUCUGUCCCAGUAAGAACUGGAACAUGCUUGGGUUCAGUCUCCUACAUCUUGGACUGUUUUUAAAAGGCAUUUGGAUUUAUGUGACCUGAGCUACUCAAUCCCCUAGUCUUGGUGUUUCUUCCAAAGAUCCACUCUGCUCAGCUUCUUGCAUGGCUUAUGAUGAAAACAUCUUCAACCUGCACUGGGAUAGGGAAAAUACCUUGUUUUUGAAAAUAAUAACAUAUAUAUAUAUAUGACCUGAGCUAUGUGUAUGGAAUAGUACACAUUUGAGUACUAUAUUUCCAGUGCUGCAAUCCUAAACAUCCUUACCUGAAAUAAUUUUCAUCGGAAAUCCAGUGGAAUUGAUUUCCAGGUAAAUAUGUUAAGGUUUGGAGUGUCAUUUAACCUAUCUAGCACAACAUAUGAACACCCAAAUCAACAGCCACUUCAGUGCUUUUUAAAAUCUUUAAUAUCUGAACUUCUGAAGGUUCAAAUUUCUGUUUACUGUGCUACAAAUGAGUAAAGUCAGCAUGGCUCCUGACUCAAAGUAUACUUAUAGGAGCCACAUGAGAGUGUGUAUGUUUAGAAAGGGGCUAUUUGUAACUAUGUGGCAGUGGCAGAUACUUCCAGUACAGGGAUAAAAUUCUGCUGUCAGCUCCAGACCAGAAAAAUCUGUGAAUUAAAACUCUAGGAAUAGAAUUCAGAGCUGAACUAGGCUAUUCUUUUCUUUAAGAUGUGAUAUUAAUGCACAGUUUCUUAUCAAAGAGAAGAUUUUAAUUGUAUAAUAUCACUGAUUUGCUUUUUCUCAUAUGCCCAAGGAUAAAUGCGUACUAUUUUACUUUACCUAAUAUAUGUUGCAUUUUUAUACCUGUGUUCAUUUAAGAAUUCUUGAAAUAGGUUGGUUUGCUUGCUACUUCAAGUACUAGAAAAAUUAUUUGCAGGGAUUGCUUAUCUUUGCUUUCUCAUGUACCUGAAUGCUUAUGAAUUUCUGAAUGGAAGGUUUUUGAAGUUAUCUUACAAGUAAUGAUCAGAAUAACUGAUAGGUGUGCGUGGGAAAGAACGAUAUGUUGAAAACCGGUUCAUGCUGCUGGCUUAUCAUUCUGGCCUCAUAGUUCCUCUUGCUGAAGAGAGAUGUUAGAUUCCCAACCAAACAGGGUCUUGUCUCUUCAGGGGGGCAAAUGCAUCAGUAAAAGCUCUGACUGCAUGCAGAUCUGCCCCACCUGUGUUACUAAUUUUCAAAAUACUUUUGUUUGUAACUUGUUUGUAGUCAGGAAAAAAUGUGUUCUUUGGAUCACAGCCCAUAGUGUACAUCUGUUUUUGCUGCAUCAUUCUCCCACCAAAAGAUUGCACUAGUAGUCCUAGAACAGGCAAACUGUACUGUCUGAUAUCUGAUAAAAACUCCCUGUAGUCUAAGGAUGGACAGCUAUUAUUAACUUCAUUAGAAGUUGAAAAUGUUCUUGAGGGAUGGGCAAAUUUCAGCCGUGACUCUGUUUUAUAACUUGGGGGAUACUUUCUGCUUUUCGCUUUGUUUUUAAACCAGUAUCCCCAGCUGCACAAAGAUGCCUCUACUUUUCUCUGAUUUCUAACCAGGGAACAGGUAGAGUUGCUUUUAAAAAUACUUAGUAAAUAACUCACUUCUUGGAAAGUUAAAAAACCCACAGAUGCUGUACAAUUGCUUUCUGAAGAUGAUGAUGAAUAUGUUUUAAUUGCACUCAGUAUCAAAAACAAAGCAGGGCUUGUAAAGGAGGAAGACCCCUUAUGUGAACAAAGCAUUUGUUAGUGGUGAAUGGAGCAGGAAAUAUUAACAGGUUGCAGACCCCUGGGUUAGUAGGACAGGGUUAAUGGUGAUUGAGCAGAAAGAGGCUGUAGAAAAGAAGAUAGAGCAUAUAAAAUCUUUUAAAUGGAUGUUUGGUCUCCACUCUGUACAGAACAACUCCUGCUUCAAGUUGAGGGGAGUAAUAUAUGUACAUUUUGGGAAGAAAAAGCAGAAUAAUUUCUUCUGUUUUAUUUUCAUAUCAUAACAAAUCAUUUUGUUUUAAAAGCUAGUAAAGAAUACACAUUUAAUUUGUUUGCAAUUCUAGAAAGACAUAUCAAUUUUGAAAACUGAGGUGUACAAUAUUCCACAAUAGAGUACAUGACAGCUCAUCUUUUUGGCUUGAACUUUGGUUUGUCCCUUCAAAUAGGUUUUUGAAAUAAAUAUGCAGAGUGUGUAUGAAAGAAUAUGAUUGAAAAUAGCAGUAAGUGUGUCUCAUAAAAAAUAUCAAGCGGUUUGGAUUGGAACAGUAAGCAUAGAUUUUAUACCUUACACUAUUUUCUUCUGGUUUAAUAGAACAUAGCUUGUAUAUUUGACUACCAAGCCCUUUGAGAGCAAUAAUAAACAAAUAUAUCAUGA